GAAGGGGUCGACAUGGCGGUGGCCGGCGCUGGGGCGACUCGGCUGCUCCUCCUCUUGCUGCUAGCAGUAGCAGCGCCCAGUCGGGCUCGGGGCAGCGGCUGCCGGGCCGGGGCCACUGCGCGGGGGGCCGGGGUGGAAGGCCGAGAGAGCGAGGGCUGCGGGGCAGUGGGGCUGCUGCUGGAGCACUCGUUUGAGAUUGAUGACAGCGCCCACUUCCGGAAGCGGGGCUCGCUGCUCUGGAACCAGCAGGACGGUACCUUGUCCCUGUCGCAGCGGCAGCUCAGCGAGGAGGAGCGGGGCCGGCUCCGGGAUGUGGCAGCCCUGAAUGGCCUCUACCGGGUCCGGGUCCCCAGGCGGCCCGGGGCCCUUGAUGACCCAGAAGUUGGUGGCUACGUCUCCUCCUUUGUCCCUGCGUGCUCCCUGGUGGAGUCGCACCUCUCGGACCAGCUGACCCUGCAUGUGGACAUGGCCGGCAAUGUGGUGGGCGUGUCGGUGGUGACGCACCCAGGGGGCUGCCGGGGCCACGAGGUGGAGGACGUGGACCUGGAGCUGUUCAACACCUCUGUGCAGCUGCAGCCGCCUGUCACGGCCCCGGGCCCUGAGACGGCAGCCUUCAUCGAACGCCUGGAGAUGGAGCAGGCCCAGAAGGCCAAGAACCCGCAGGAGCAGAAGUCCUUUUUUGCCAAAUACUGGCACCUCAUCCUGGGGGGGGCCGUGUUGCUCACAGCCCUGCGUCCUGCUGCCCGGGGGCCCGCGCCACCGCCGCAGGAGGCCUGAUGGAUGUACAUCAUUCCUGUUGUCCUGUUCCUCAUGAUGUCAGGAGCACCGGACGCCGGGGGCCAGGG